AUGAAUCGCUCAAGACCCGGCCGCCGCUCCCAAGCAGAGCAGUACGAGCCGCUGGCCACCUCGGACGGCGCCGCGGCCGAGCCCGCCAUCCCCCGCGACACCACCGAGUGUCCCUUCUCGUGGAUGGAAUACACCAUCUUUGGCAUCCUCGGCGUCGCCAUGCUCUGGGCCUGGAACAUGUUCCUCGCCGCCGCGCCCUACUUCAGCUCGCGCUUCGCCGCCGCGCCCUCCAUCCAAAGCACCUUCCAGUCCGCCAUCCUGACCGUCUCGACAAUCACCAACCUCUCCGCCCUCCUCGUCCUCAGCAACCUCCAGUACGCGGCCUCGUACCCGUUCCGCAUCAACCUCGCCCUCACAAUCAGCACCGUCGUCUUCGCCCUCCUCACCUUCUCCACGACCACGUUCCUCGCCGCCAGCCCAAGCGCCUACUUCGCCUUCCUCCUCGCCAUGGUGGCCCUCUCGUCCUGGGCCACGGGGCUCAUACAAAACGGCGCCUUCGCCUUCGCCGCCAGCUUCGGACGCCCCGAGUACAUGCAGGCCCUCAUGGCCGGCCAAGGCGUCGCCGGCGUCCUCCCGGCCGUGGCCCAACUCACGUCCGUCCUGCUGUUCCCGCCCGACGACGACCCGGACGCGAACCCGGACGCGAACCCGGGCCCGGCGGGCAAAGGCGAGACGGCCGCCUUCCUCUGCUUCCUCGCCGCUGUGGCCGUCUCCGUCGUCACCCUUGUCGCCCUCAUCCCCCUCGUCCGGCGACACGACCGCCGCCUCCGUGGCAAACUGGCAGACCGCAUGGCCGAGUCCACCGACAGCGUCCACGACGUGGAGCGCGCCGCCAGAAGGGUCACGUCCCUCUGGGCCCUCUUCCUCAAGUUGCCCUGGCUGGCCGUCGGCGUCGCCGUCACCUUCGCCGUCACCAUGUUCUUCCCCGUCUUCACCGCCAAGAUUCGCUCCGUCGACGAAGGCGCCGGCGCCCUGUUCCGCCCCGCCGCCUUUGUCCCUCUCGGCUUUGUCUUCUGGAACCUGGGCGAUUUGGGCGGCCGCGUUGCGACCAUGCUGCCCUUCACCCUCGGCGACAGGCCGUUUCUGCUGUUCCUGUGUUCUGCUGCGCGGCUUGCCUUCCUGCCCCUGUACCUGUUGUGUAACGUUGGCGGGCGGGGCGCCGUCGUCCCCAGUGACUUUUUCUACCUGUUUGUUGUACAGCUCACCUUUGGCUUCACAAACGGAUGGUUGGGCUCGAGCUUCAUGAUGGCUUCGGGAGAGUGGGUCGAUGAGGGGGAGCGGGAAGCAACAGGCGUUUUCAUGGGCUUGUGUCUGGUCAUAGGUCUCACCGUGGGCAGUUUGCUCAGUUUCACCAUUUCUGAUAUAUAA